GAGUGGUAUAGUACAUGUCAGUGUGUUUAGAGCAUAGAACGUUAUAAAGACUAAUAAAAAUGAAUGGAUGUAUUUCUAUAUUAGUGACAGUGUGUUUUGGCAUUGUUUAUCAGGCGUCUUCUGAGUCAAUAUGUUUCAACUGCAAGCACCUAACAGAUCCAGACGCUUGUAAAAAUUUCCAACCAUGUGGAGCGGCCGAGCGCUGUUUUAAAGAGGUAGUCGAGACAGAUAAUGGAACAGCCGAAUAUAACUGGGGCUGCGCUUCAAAGCAGCUGUGUACACUCGAGAACAACAUAGCUGGCAGAAGGAAACGUCUAAGUGUUGAAAGAUGUUACGAAUGUUGUGAUGGAAACUUCUGCAAUUUUGGACCAUGUCAACAAGGUUUGUUAUUUCUGCAAUUUUGA